CCAACAUUUCAAACUUCGAUAGCUGCUCACACGAAGAUAUCAAAUCAACCUGUAAACACAACUACGAUGGGCAUUCCACUGCCUCAGUACGACCACCAGGCCUGGCCUUCCACGCGCACUCAGACAACCCCAUCAAGACAAACCCUCGCCGGCAAUGCAUGGCUCAGGCGCGUGGCCGCCAACGAGGAAGAGCUUUUCCUGCUGCAGAUGAUCCAGAAUACCUACGAGGUGCAACUGGACGACCACCCCGAAAUGGGGUACCGUUUUUACAUGUGGCUGCUGUGGGACUACGAUCGCCUCUGGGGCAUCUUCGACCUUGGACACACGAAGGUACAGUUCCUCAUUGACUCAGGGCUUCGCUCAUGCAGGUGCAACGAGGAGGCGCAAGAACUCCAAUUCCACUGGCGGGGAGUCUGUAAAGCCGCCGGUGAUGUUGUGCUUUGCGAUGAGUGGAUUACUCGAGGGAGGUUGCGCAUCAAUCCGUGGGAGGGAACGUUUGAGGGCGUCUUCGAGGGCAUGGCAGAGAACGGUAAUCCGGGCGAGGAUGGCAAUGGAGAUCGAUGUGCCUUCCAUGCCAGGGAACAUCACAGUCUACAAGUGGUGCCCUAUUAUCUGGAAGACGUGGUUGCGACAUGGAAUAGCUAUAAUGCCUUUCAAGGGAGGCAGGAGAGAGUCCGGCAGUUUGCGGCUUCAGCUGAGGGGGUGGAUCAGCCCAGAUGA